CUUUUGAAAAAUUGUUUUUCAAUUUUUUUUAGGUCUGACAACGCAGAUUUUGAGAUGCUAUCAAAACAAAUUAACCUAAAAAUGGCGUUUUAGGUUAGAACCAGGAAAACUGUUUUUCAAGCGCUAUUUUAUACAUUCCUAAGUGUUAACUCGUCAUUGCCAGAUUUUGUCUAUGCUUCUGGCCCUUAAUUUUCUUAAGCGAAUUAGUAGAAACAUGAGUGUCUUUGUCCAAAGGCUAAACGCCAUGUCAGGUGUAAACGACUGGGUUGUGCAAAGCGAAGAUUAUGAUUUUCACCAAGAAGUAGCGAGAUCUGCCUUUGCAGACAUGCUGCACGACACUGAGAGGAACCAGUUAUACGAGGCUGCGCUAAAAUCUGCAAUCAAAAUAAUACAUUCGAAAGGUGCGAAAGCCAAUGUCUUGGACAUUGGAACCGGCACGGGGCUUCUGUCCAUGAUGGCAGCCAGAAACGGAGCCGAUACAGUAACAGCUUGUGAAGCAUUUAAACCCAUGAGCGACUGUGCGUUGAAAAUCAUUGCUCGAAAUGGCUUUAAGGAUAAAAUCAAGGUGAUACCCAAGCGAUCAACUGAACUCAUAGUCGGCAAAGAUCUUCAGCAUAAAUGUAAUAUUUUAGUCACUGAAGUGUUUGAUACUGAACUUAUAGGAGAAGGUGCCCUAUCAACGUUCAAGCACGCUCAUCAAGAACUCUUAGAGAAAGAUUGUAUCGUCAUACCUCAGUCAGCCACAAUCUACGCACAGGUCGUAGAAUCUCCUUUGACACAAAAUUGGAACAAGCUAAAACAUAUCUUCAGUGAUGACGGUGAAGUUUUGAUCAAAGUACCUGAUUUGAUCAAAAACUGUGUUGGCUCUGCUGCUGUCCAUGACAUGCAACUCAGUCAAUUGCCUGCAAGCUCUAUUAAUACCAUUAUAUCACCGACACCUGUGUUGAAGUUUGAUUGGUCAGGGAACACACCUUUUAUAUUUGAGCGAUCCACAAUAAGUACCACGAAAGCUGAGAGGGAUGGUUUAGCACAGCUGGUUUUCAUGUGGUGGGAUCUUCAAAUGGAUACAGAUGGCAAGCAUAUCCUUAGUUGCGCCCCAGACUGGGCUCAUCCACUCAAAAAAAUUGAUAAAAACGCUAAGAUACCUUGGAGAGAUCAUUGGAUGCAAGCUGUGUAUUACUUACCUAAAGAACUGCCUGUAAACAAGGGUCAGGAAAUAAGCUUGAUAAGUUGCCAUGAUGAAUUUUCUCUAUGGUUUAAUCUAGUUGAUAAUUUGAGGAUAACAGACGAGCACUAUUUGACCCCUUUCUGUGAAUGUGGGGCACACGUGGCAUCUUCAAGGACUAGAAUAGGUCAGUUGAAUGAUAUGACGAGAAAUAAAAAAUAUCUUGCCUUAUUAGAAAAAUAUGUCAAUAAGGAAAGCACUAUAUUAGUCCUCAGUGAUUGCUUCUACUGUAGCUUAGCUGCUGUAAAGUUAGGAGCUAACAAAAUGUACGUAUUGGAAACCAAUAGUCUGUCUAGAAGAGUCCUUGAAAACUAUAUAGCUUUCAAUAAGUUAGACAAUGUUGAAAUAAUACCAAGCUUAGAGGAACUAAGUAAAAUAAACUUCAAAGAUAUUAGCAUGGUCUUAGGGGAACCAUACUUCCUAAGUAGUAUCUUACCUUGGGAUAAUCUGCUCUUCAUAUACCUCAUGAAGGGAGUUCGAAAUUAUUUAUCGAAUGACGUUCAAAUUUUUCCAAAGAGAGCUAGUAUCAAAGCUGUAGCAAUGCAUUUUUCUGAUCUCCAUAAAAUCAGAUCACCCCUGAGUGUCGGUGAAGGAUUUUUGAUGAAAGACUUUGAUGAGCUCAUUGAGGCAUCAAGAAAUCUCAGUGAUGAAAACGUCGAACCCCAACCCUUGUGGGAGUAUCCUGGUGUGGCUCUCAGUGGGAUAGAAGAGAUGAUCGAUUUGGAUCUGAUGAAUGUCCCGACAAAGACGUAUCUUAAAAAUGGAACAUUUGAACUGCAAGGGAAUUUGGAUUGCAACGGUAUAGCCAUUUGGGUGGAUUGGAAUCUGGAUGGGACAGAAAGAGGUAUCAUCACAACUGGACCAACAUCUCCAAUAAAAAUUGGGGAAAAUGUGCAGUGGGACAUGUAUACACGACAAGGAGUGUGUCUGUUUCCGGAUAGGAACACGAAGUGUAUAAACUACAAAUUUGAGUUUGACUUUGAUGAUGGCAAUGUCUCGUUUAAUUGUUCAUAGUACGUUUUGUAUUUUUUGUAAAUAUAUGUCCAAACGUA